CAUAGUACCUCACUCAUUCCAUUCCGUGUCCAAAGUUGCAAGUUAUCUAAGCCAAAGCCCACUUUCUGUUUCACUCUUUUUUUUUUUUUUCUUCUUCUUCUUCUCUUCUCUUCUCUUCUCUUUCCGGCAACACCAUGCCUUCACGCCCCACACACCAAUUCCUCCAUUUCUGAGAUCCUAAGAUGCUUCUCUCUCCCUAGCUUGGAAUCAGGCAGGAGAAUUUGCUGGGGGGCGUUCAAUUUCGAAUCCUCGCGUGAUUCAUUCGGUAUUGCCCUCGCGUUUUUCUCUCUCUGUUUUCGCCAGAGUUGUGCUUUUUUUUUCUUCGUUUCAAGAGGGGUGGUUUGUUUUUUACUGUAAGGCAAUUACGGAGUAGGCGGAGUGAUUAAAGAUUGGUGCAUGUAGAUUGUGUGAUGAGUUUGUUUUUUUUUUUGUGGGUAAAGCGGCGGAUGAAUUGAAGGGAUUGUGGGGAUAAUAAUAGUAAUAAUGGUUUUUGCUUCUUCUGCCUUUCAUGGUUGAUUUUCCAUCUGCUAUGGUUGUGUUGGGGUGUGCUGAGGAUUCCUUGUCAUGACAAAGAAAUUACGUUUGGGUUGUUCUUUGCAGGCGGAGGAGGAUGGAGAGAAAGUGAGUAACUUUUUGGAAAUGGAUAGGGGGGAAGGAGUGAAUGAUGGUUUUUCUGGACCUGGACCAAAUGAUUCGCUUCUCCCUGGUCUAAUUGAUGAUGUUGCCUUGAAUUGUCUUGCCUGGGUUAGUGGAUCCGAUUACACCUCACUAUCGUGUAUUAAUAAAAGGUUCAAUAAAUUGAUCAAUAGUGGGUAUCUAUAUGGGUUGAGGAAACAAUUGAAGGCUGUGGAACAUUUGGUGUAUAUGGUUUGUGAUCCGAGAGGGUGGGUGGCAUUUGACCCCAAAGUAAACAAGUGGAUGUCAUUACCUAAGAUACCUUGUGAUGAGUGCUUUAACCAUGCGGACAAGGAGUCCUUGGCCGUGGGCUGCGAACUGUUAGUCUUUGGUCGGGAAAUGAUGGAGUUUGCCAUUUGGAAGUAUAGCAUGGUUUGCCGUGGCUGGGUGAAGUGCCAGGGGAUGAACCAACCUCGGUGUUUGUUUGGAUCUAGUAGUCUUGGUUCAAUUGCUAUUAUUGCUGGAGGAAGUGAUAAGUAUGGAAAUGUUCUAAAAUCAGCUGAGUUGUAUGACUCUUCAUCAGGUAUGUGGGAACUUCUACCGAGCAUGCACACUCCACGUAGAUUGUGUUCUGGUUUUUUUAUGGAUGGCAAAUUCUACGUGAUUGGUGGAAUGUCGAGUAUAACCGUUUCAUUAACUUGUGGAGAGGAAUAUGACCUUAAGACAAGGAAUUGGCGGAAAAUAGAGGGUAUGUAUCCAUAUGUUAACGAGGGUGUUCAGGCACCGCCACUUGUGGCAGUUGUGGAUAAUCAGUUAUACGCAGUUGAGCAUGUAACUAACAUGGUGAAGAAAUAUGACAAGGAAAAGAACACAUGGAAUGAGUUGGGGAGGCUUCCGGUCCGGGCAGAUUCAUCUAAUGGUUGGGGGUUAGCUUUCAAGGCCUGUGGAGAGCAACUUUUGGUUGUGGGUGGACAAAGGGGUCCAGAAGGUGAAGCAAUUGUGCUGAGUUCAUGGUGUCCUAAGUCAGGGGUCAGGAAUGGCACCAUAGAUUGGCAGGUACUUGGUGUGAAGGAAAACGUCGGGGUUUUCGUGUAUAAUUGUGCUGUUAUGGGUUGUUGAGAUAAUUUUAGAUUGACUCAACAGAGGAUGCUGGUAUCCACAAUCUGACUUAGCCUUGAAGGGUGCCUCCAUGUUCAAUCACCUCAUUUACUGAGUUAAUUGUUGCAGGGAUAGCUUUCCAAAUUUGGUUUCUUUCUUUUAACACGGUUUAUUUGGAUGUAUUUCUCACAUUCCUGGUCCAUAAUUCUAAAUUGCUUUUCAGAUUACUGAGUAGGCUUACAUAGAUAUGUUCUGUUAUCUUUUUUAGCCAAAUAUGUAAACCAAUAAAUGAAAGAUUUUCAUUGUUUAAUGUUCAUUGCUUGUUGCUUCAA